AUUCUUCCACUGAUUUUGGAUUAAGCGCGAUCAGCUGGCAUUCCAUUCCUCCUUUGGAAAUGGCCUGAUGCCCUGAUCGGAAUUCUCAUUAAAAUUAAAAAUUAGGCCAUAUUAUGCCAACAUCUGUCCCUUCCACCACAUCCUUCCAAUAAAUCGAAAUCCACUCGCUGUCCUCUUCCUCCAUUUACUUUUUCCAGAAGCAGAAACCACUCCAAGACAGAGAAAGGGGACAGCGAGCUCGAGAGCAGCGGAGAACGCGUCGUCAAAACCAAAGGUUUUACCUUUCUUCCAUCAACGAAUCCUCUCCUUUUUUUCUACAAAACCCAUGCCCCCAAAUCCCUACUUUUUAUUGGAAUCUCUUGUUCUCCAUUAGCUCGGAAACCCAUCUUCCUUGAAUGGCUCUUGCUUUCCUUUACAAAGCCCAUUAUUUCUUCAUAAACCUGUCUUUCAUCUUCUUGCUCGGGUUCUUUUUCGUCUUCCUCUCGUUCUCCUCUCCGAAACAAUCCAGUUUUCUUUCCUUCCCUCCGCUUUCUACAAACCCAGACGGUUGCAGAUCAGUAGAGUCGCUCAACGACGCCAAAACAAAAUGCUUUUACAUCGAAACACACCAUCCAUGUGACACUAGCGGCUACAUCGAUUACCUCAAUUUGUUCUACUGCGGCUUCGGCUUCUCCCCUCUUCUCGGCCACAUCGUCCUUGUUCUAUGGCUUCUGAUACUCCUCUACUUGCUUGGAAACACUGCCUCGCAGUACUUCUGCCCUUCCCUUGAGGGCCUAUCCCGUGUGCUUAAACUUUCCCCGACCAUCGCCGGCGUCACCCUGCUCUCCCUAGGCAACGGCGCGCCAGAUGUCUUCUCCACCAUCGUCUCCUUUGACGGCGCGGCCUCCGUGGGCCUUAGCAGCGUUCUUGGCGGAGCCUUUUUCGUCUCCACCGUUGUUGUUGGCGUAAUCAGCAUCUGCUGCUCCUCGCACUGCCGUGUGGUCGCCAUCGACCGCGUCGGAUUCAUCAGAGACCUCUGUUUCUUCCUCUUCACCCUCUUCUUCCUUCUCCUAAUUCUUUCUGUCGGGAAAGUUCACAUCUUGUUAUCGAUGAUCUUCGUUUCGCUGUACAUUCUCUAUGUCAUCGUCGUCUCCACUAGCCAUUGUUACAGGAAGGAGCAUGCAGAGCUGGGAUCCCCAUUGUUGGAGUCCAUUGAGGUGGAGCAACCCGCUGUUCAAUCUCAAGAGAGCAAACAAAUUGUAAAGUUCUCUCCUUUAUUAGAUUGGGUACUUUUCUUAUUGGAGCUUCCACUCUAUCUACCAAGAAGAUUAACAAUCCCAGUCGUGACAGAAGAAAAUUGGUCAAAACCAUUUGCAGUAGCUUCCAUGAUUCUAUCACCAAAUCUUCUUGCAAUCUUAUGGAACUCUCGCAAAGGAGAGAUGGACUCACAAGAAAGCAUCACAGUCUUCCUCUUUGCAGCCUUAAUCGGAAUAGCUCUUGGAAUCAUUGCCAUCGAACGCACUGAAUCCUCCCAACCACCAAAGUUUAUUCUCCCAUGGCUUGCAGCUGGCUUUCUGAUGAGUGUAGUAUGGACUUACUUAAUAGCAGGAGAACUUGUUUCUAUUCUGGUAUCCAUAGGUCAUAUACUUGGAAUACGUCCUUCAGUGCUAGGAGUGACUGUUUUAGCUUGGGGAAAUUCACUUGGAGACCUUAUAGCUAAUGUCGCCAUGGCUGUCAAUGGAGGAGAGAAUGGAGCUCAGAUUGCUAUUUCCGGUUGCUAUGCUGGUCCAAUCUUCAACAUAUUGAUUGGGUUAGGAACGUCUCUUCUUUUCUCUUCUUGGGCUUCUCUUCCUAAACCUUUUCAGAUUCCCAAAGACCCUUCUCAGUUUGUGAUUAUUGGAUUUCUUAUUGGUGGCUUGGUGUGGGCUUUGGUGUUUUUGUCGAGGAAACAGAUGAAGCUGAAUAGGAGUCUGGGUGUUGGACUCAUAGCUAUUUACUCUUGUUUUCUUUGUCUCAGACUUCUUGAGAGCUUGCAGCUGGCUUAUUUUGGAGCUUCUGAACAUGUUUAGAACUCAGAAAUUAGCAGGGGAGCUUAGUUCAUGAUGUAUUAUAUGAUCAUUUAUGCUUUUUUAGUCUGAAUUGUUAUGCUGGAAGCAGUUUUCGAUGAAAAAUCUGCAUAUUUUUGCAUA